AGGCGGUUUCUCACGAGGCGGUGCCCGGGGAGGCGGUCGUGGAGGCGGCAGGGGUGGAUUCCAACAGAGGGACAUGGGGCCUCCAGAUACCGUCCUAGGUGAUAUUCAUUACUUCUGUCUGUAUCGUUUUGUUUCUAAUCCUUUCAGAAAUGGGGACUUUUGUGCAUGCCGUUGAAGACGAAAUGCUCUGCUCAUCUCUUUUGCCCGACAAAGUCCCAUAUUUCAAUGCUCCAAUCUACCUGCAAAAUAAAUCAGUCAUCGGAAAAGUUGACGAAAUCCUUGGCCCAAUAAACGAAGUCUACUUUUCCAUCAAAAUGGGCGAGGGCAUGGUUGCCAACAGUUUUAAAAAGGGAGACAAGGUGUAUAUCGGCGGCGACAAACUUUUGCCAAUAGAGCGCUUUCUGCCUAAACCAAAAGUCGCAGGAGGUGUUACAAGUAAGCCUAUGCUAUCUGUAGAACCAAUGUCCAGUGGCUAAUGUCUCUCUAGAACGCGGUCGCGGUGGCCGGGGUGCAGGCGCCCCUCGAGGACGUGGGGCGGGCGGCGGUCGAGGUGGAUUCCAAUCGCGUGGAGGUAGCCGUGGUCGGGGCGGCGGUCGAGGUGGUUUUGGGGAUCGGGGCGGUCGUGGUGCU